AUGAAGCUACUAUCAGUGCUAGUGUCGAUGUUCCUUUUGGGUGGCAUUGGAUACGCCCAGCUUCUUCCUCUACCAAUCUUCAAUCCGCUUGACCCCAGGUUCGAUGACUGGCAACCACCUGGACCAGGUGACUCACGUGGUCCUUGUCCGGCUCUCAACUCUCUCGCCAACCAUGGCUUUCUGCCGCACAGCGGUAAGAAUAUUACAGCCAUCGACAUUGUUCGAGGCACCUUUGAAGGCUUGUGUCUCUCACCAGAGUUCUCAGUUGCCGUAGGUGUUGCAGAGCUCUUAAAAUCUUAUACACUUGCCUCAUUUGACUUACAUGAGCUUUCCAAUUAUGGCUUCAUCGAUCAUGACUGCAGCUUGUCUCGUGCAAAUAUUGGAGACGGCGACAAUAACGACUUCAACGAGACCAUUUGGUCUGUUCCUCUCCAAGUUCUUAAAAACUACUCUGCUAUCACUCCUCAAGCUAUCGGGGGUGCCAGAACAGCGAGAGAUUUAUUUGACAUUGCUCAUAACCCCAAUCAAGAGUGCGGUGCUCGCUCUAUUGCAUUUGGCGCCUUGGAUAACGGAUUACUAAUUGCAAGUCUCGGGGGAAGCCCAAAGCUGGACUGGGUGCGCAGCGUAAUUGAGCAUGAAAGACUCCCGACGAACCUUGGUUUCACACCAACUCCUCUCUUGAUCAAUAAUUCUCCUAUUAUCCUUACGCUUGCGUUAGCAUCACUUCUUUCUCAGCCCUACUUGAUAGAGAUUUUAGGUAACACUGUGAUAAAGAUGAUAAAGAAUCCAGCGGAUCUCCUAGCUGAGGUUUUCCCUAUUAAGGGUUACAAUAUUACGUACAUUACUUCAGUUCUUAGUCUGGCUGGAUUCUCUUCCGUUAACUUCCAAAACUUCUUAUAA